CCUCGAAGCGAGCGAGCGAGCACUCGGCGACGACCACUUGCCACCACUGGACAGGUCUCUUCACUCCAUCUACACAAUCUCUCUCAUUCGAUAGAAUCGUCACAAUAUCAUAAUCAUAGCAUAUCGCAUAUCGCCUCAUUCACAUCCACAGCGACGACCCUAGAGCUCUUCUUACACUCGAUGGACCUGGCCGCUGCGUGAACCAACUCCCAGCGCCAAUUCUUGUGGUCCCUCCCACUCCACACCACCUUCUACGGCCCAUAUCCCCUUAACCCAUCUCACCGUAUAAAAUGUCACCAACGCAGCAACCCACCUCGCCGCGCCAGAUCCAGGUCGACGUCGGCUCGCCGACCCACCCGCGCGCCAUGUCGAACACCUCGUCGUCCCGCUCGCCGGUCAACGCGCUUGGCGGUUCCGCACACCGCGGAAGCAGCGGCACGAGCUACCGCGACAACAUUGACGUGCAGCGGCAGAUGCAGCAGGACAUUGACUCGGCCAUGAGCAUGUCAAGGGUACGCUCUGGAUCCGUAGUCGAGGGUUCGCCGGCAAUCAUGCGCGCCGCCCGAGGCGGGUACUCUACCUCCCCGAUCGAGGAGACGCCAUUCGGCAUGCUCAGCGACGCGGAGGAGCGCGAGAUGGACCGCGCCCGCCACCAGGACCACGAAGGCAGCGACGACGGCCACUUUGGGGGGCACUACGGGCGCGAGCAUGGCGGUGUGCCUCCGCUCGACUCAGCCGACAGCGUGAGCACAUAUCAGUCGAAGCGGGGGCGCGAUACCGACUCGGACCGUGAGAGGCGAUACCCCGACCAUCCGGACCACCACUUUGCCGCAUCGCCCGGAGGCAUCCGCAGCCACUUUGACUUUGCGCCCAUGGAGGAGUUUGCCGACACGGAGCGGGCGGCGAUUGCCGCUGAGGACGGUGACGGGGGCGCUACGACGGGGCUCACACGCCGCCGGAGCACGGCGGUUGUGAGGCAGUCGUCUCAUGGAGACCGACACGACUCGUCAGGCUCGGCGAGCAGCACGGCACACCGCGACGGUAGCACCGAGAACGUGUUACCCAAGCCGCACGAGCUCGAGCGCACAAUGACGGCGAGCGCAUUUGGCGACGACACGGACCCGGAUGCGGGCGCCUUUUCUCCCAAGGAGGACGCCGAGUCGCCUGCGCAGACCAACUUCCACCGCCGUCGCGCACGCAAGGCGUCGUCGCAGAACCAGGCAGCCCGUCGUGGCGGCAAGCUCGCGCUGUUCGAAAGCUUUGGCGGUGGUGGCGAGGACGACGCCGUGGGCGGCGUGCUCAAGGCGCCGAGACAGGGCAAGCAGCCCCCCGCGGAGCAGCCGCCACCCUUUGUGUCGUACUCUGACGCACCGCCGGGUCAUGACCGCCCGUACCGCUUCUCGUUCUACUCGAACGCGCUACCCGUUACGAUCCACGCGCGCACGCUCGCCGAGCUGCCGGCUGAUGGCCAGUCGUUUGAGGACCUGUUCAAGGGGCGGAAUGGGGCGGCCGGCGCUCCCAUGUCGCGCAACGACACAAACCAGACUGCGCCCAAGUCUGCCGCUGGCACGCCGACAAACGAGCCGAGCCUGCUGAGCUUGCAUGCGCCAAAGAACCCCCCAAACAUCCACAGCUUGGCCCUCGCCAAUGCCAACAAGGGUGCCGCGCCGCCGUACCCUGGUGGACCUGGGGGCCCGGCUGUCACCGCCGAGGAGGACCCCGAGGCGUUCACCUGGUGGCUGGACGUGCUGUCGCCCACCGACGACGAGAUGCGCAUGUUGUCAAAAGUCUUCGGCAUCCACCCCCUCACAACUGAAGACAUUCUGCUCGAGGAAACGCGCGAAAAGAUUGAACUGUUCCGCAACUACUACCUCGUGUGUUUCCGCUCGUUCGACCAGGACCCGUACUCGCAGACCUACCUCGAGCCGCUCAACAUGUACAUCAUCGUGUUCCGCGAGGGCACGCUGUCGUUCCACUUCCGCGCCACGCCACACCCGCAGAACGUGCGCCGCCGCAUCAAGCACCUCAAGGACUACAUCUCUGUCACGUCCGACUGGAUCUCGUACGCGCUCAUCGACGACAUUACCGACGCGUUCGGCCCGCUCAUCCAGUCGAUCGAGUACGAGGUCGACUCUAUCGACGAGCUCGUGCUCAUCCUCAAGGAGGCCGAGCAGACGGACAUGCUGCGGCGCAUCGGCACGUGCCGCAAAAAGGUCAUGGGCCUGCUUCGUCUCAUGGGCUCCAAGGCCGAUGUCGUCAAGGGACUCGCCAAGCGAUGCAACGAGAACUGGCUCGUCGCGCCCAAAUCCGAUAUUGGCCUGUAUCUCUCCGAUAUCCAGGACCACUUGAUCACCAUGACGUCCAACUUGAACCACUACGAGAAGAUUCUCUCGCGCUCGCACUCAAACUACCUCGCGCAGAUCUCGAUCGAGAUGACCGACGCCAACAACCAGAUCAACGACGUGCUGUCCAAGCUCACGGCGCUGGGUACCGUGCUCAUCCCGAUGAACCUGGUCACGGGUCUGUGGGGUAUGAACGUCCACGUCCCUGGACAGGACAUUGAGGAGGGGUACGUGUGGUUUGGGUCCAUCCUGGGCUGUCUGGCAUUGUUUGCCAUCCUCGGCGCGUGGGGCACGUACAAGUGCUUUGUGCGGUAAUAGAUGUGUGAGUGAGCGAGCCGCGGAGCGGCGAGCGAGCGAGGAGAGUGGGCACGAACGGCGCAGCUGCGAGAUAGAUGUGUGUAUUUGUAUGGUGCAUGUGUGUCGAACGAGC